GGAUAGCUGGCAAUCAGUGUAGUUACCAAUCUCACCUUUUGCAUGCAAAUCUACAGCUAGAUUGAUUUGGGCGGCUGAAAAAACGCCGAGGCUGGGUGUGUUGUAUCAUUUGAUGUCGGAAUGUAGAGACGAUACGCCGCGACAGGAGUAAUGUUAGCAGACUCAAUCAGGGUGUAUCAACCAAAACAAUGUUGACAGGCGACCUGUGGACAGAUAUCUGCAACCACUCAUUUCAAGGAUGGAUAAAGGUGGAGUGAAGAAGAUAGCAUACAGAAGAGAUGACCAUUUAAGCAAACUGGUCUAUACUGAAAGCCCCGAGGAGGGAGGUCUGUUGAGAGUAGCUCCUCACAGUGCCAUGUCUGUCACCUCUCCCGCCUCUGUCGUUCUUCCAUCCAGCUCUUUGAUGCAGCCAGGACAGGUACCCAACGGCCUCAACAACAGCACCCUUCCUGAGGAGCUCACCUCUGCCUCUGUCACUGCCACCGUAGGCUCGUUGAUCGACAGUCCGCAGCCCCGGGGAUUGACCAAAGAUCAGAGACCCCAGCACCAGCAGUUACUUCAGACGCAGACGACUUUUGGUCAUCAAACCUUAUCAGAAAAUUUGUCCCAGUUGGAUGCCAGUAUGGCAGACAUCACCCAGUCCUCCAUGGAUUCGCUAAUUGGGGGAUCAGAUCCCAACUUCUUCCCUUUGAAAACGGAGGAUUUCUCCUUGGAUAAAGGAGAGCAGGACCCAAUUGACCUUGAUAAUGCCUUUGAGCCCAUUGGGAAAGAUAUGGAUGUGAACCAAAAGUUGUUCAGUGACAACACUCUGGAUCUGCUGCAGGACUUUGACCUCUCUGGGUCCCCUUCAGAUUUUUAUGUAGGGGAUGAUGCUUUUUUGUCUUCGCUUGCAGAUGAUUCUUUGCUUGGAGUGACAUCCGAGAGGGACAUAAAACCUGCUGUAGUUGACAGCAGUAACACGACUGGGGCAGUGCCUGUUGCCCUUAAUGGCAGCAGUGUGACCAGUCCAGAUCUAUCCAGCCCUACCAUAUCCACAACUACUUCACUAUCCCCUACAACCACUUUGUCUGCAAUGGUGAAAAAAGAAAAAGAUGCAGACUUCAUCCAGCUCUGCACCCCAGGUGUGGUUAAACAGGAGAAGACCUCUGGAGGACAGAGUUAUUGCCAAAUUAGCGGCACGGCUUCUGGAGACAUGGCUGGGACUAACGCCAUCUCAGUCUGUGGGGUCAGCACUUCAGGAGGACAGACCUACCACUUUGGUGUGAACACACUGAGCAGUGAUACUCCGCUGCAGAAUGAGCAGAAGCCAGUUUCCAGCCUGUUUCUCCCAGUAACGACCAUCGGUGGGAUCUGGAACCGAGGCCAGGGUAUUGGUAACAACUCAUUAGUCCAGAGGGCUGGUGAGGGGUUCUCAAGUUCCCCCUCCUACCCCACCAGCUUUACCAGGCAGGAAGGGAGCACCGCUACAUCCUCCACACAAGGAAAGAGCGGGACUCAUAAAAUCUGCCUGGUGUGCUCUGAUGAGGCUUCGGGCUGCCACUAUGGCGUUCUCACCUGCGGCAGCUGCAAAGUCUUCUUCAAGAGAGCAGUAGAAGGGCAACAUAAUUACCUGUGUGCAGGGAGGAAUGACUGCAUAAUAGACAAAAUCAGGAGGAAGAACUGCCCAGCCUGCCGAUUCCGAAAGUGUCUGAUGGCAGGCAUGAAUCUGGAAGCUCGCAAAUUAAAGAAGAAUCGGUUAAAGGGCGUCCAGCAGAGCAACCCACCAGAGGUUACACCUUCACCGCCAGUUGAGACCCGCUCCCUCGUACCCAAGUGCAUGCCUCAGCUCGUUCCAACAAUGUUAUCCCUGCUGAAGGCAAUAGAGCCAGACACCAUCUACGCUGGCUACGACAGCACCCUGCCCGACAACUCCACCCGCCUCAUGACCACCCUCAACAGGCUUGGAGGCCGACAGGUCAUCUCUGCCGUCAAGUGGGCCAAGGCCCUGCCAGGUUUCAGGAACCUGCACCUGGAUGACCAGAUGACUCUGCUGCAGUACUCCUGGCUCUUCCUCAUGACUUUUAGUUUGGGCUGGAGGUCUUACCAGCAGUGCAACGGCAACAUGCUCUGCUUUGCGCCAGACCUCGUCAUCAAUGAGGAGAGGAUGAAGCUGCCCUACAUGACCGACCAGUUUGAGCAGAUGCUGAAGAUUUGCAGCGAGUUUGUUCGGCUGCAGGUUUCCCACGAUGAGUACCUGUGCAUGAAGGUCCUGCUGCUGCUCAGCACAGUGCCAAAGGACGGCCUGAAGAGCCAAGCAGUGUUUGAUGAGAUUCGCAUGUCGUAUAUCAAGGAGCUAGGAAAAGCCAUUGUGAAGCGUGAGGAGAACUCCAGCCAGAACUGGCAGCGAUUCUAUCAGCUCACCAAGUUGCUGGAUUCCAUGCAUGAGAUGGUCGGUGGUCUGCUGAGUUUCUGCUUCUACACCUUUGUGAAUAAAUCCCUGAGCGUGGAGUUCCCAGAGAUGCUGGCAGAGAUCAUCAGCAACCAGUUGCCAAAAUUCAAGGCUGGGAGCGUCAAACCUCUGCUCUUCCACCAGAGAUGACUCACCCCCGUAACAGACACAAUGCCUU